UUUAAAAAUACUGGCAAUGUUUGGACCCCUGAUUAAGUUGAAUACUCAAAUCAUUGUAGAUGGUUGAAAAAUCGCCGUCUGAAUCAAUGUCGACAUGCUUAGAAUCAGGUAAUCAACAACAGUAGCCUAGUACAUGAAGCGAGAGGAGGGCGCGUUAAGGGCGGGACAUCCUGUCUCAUUAUCAAACCAGUCCAGCGGUUUCGUUUCUCUGCUGUCAUGAAUCCAGUGCUAGGAGAACCAGAGAAUGGGAUUGUAGCAAGCUACCGAGCGGCUAUGUCCCAAUCAGGAUGAUAUCGCAGAGGGAAAAGGGUGAACUUGCUCGAUUCUACACUGUUACGGACCCCAGAAAGCACGAGAAAGGAUAUACCGUUUACAAAGUCACAGCAAGGAUCAUCUCCCGUAAAAACCCCGAAGACGUCCAAGAGAUCACUGUGUGGAAGAGGUACAACGACUUCCGGAAGCUUCAUCGAGACCUCUGGCAGAUCCACAGGAACCUCUUCCGCCACUCUGAGCUCUUCCCACCCUUCGCCAAGGCCAAAGUCUUCGGUCGUUUUGAUGACUCUGUGAUCGAGGAGAGGAGGCAGUGUUCAGAGGACCUGCUGCAGUUCAGUGCAAACAUCCCAGCACUUUACAGCAGUCAACACAUCGAGGACUUCUUCAAGGACGGAGAGGUCCAGGACGGCUCGGAACUCAUCGGGCCCGCAGAGCCUUUUUCCGACUUCCUUGCUGACAGCCUAUCAGAUUGCAGCUCUGAAGUCCAGAGAGACAUCGGUGGAGUGGAUGACCUGACCGUCACCAGUCAGUCGGAGUAUGGAGGCCCGUCCAGUGAGAGCGAUCUGAUCUCCCUGCUGGUGGACGGAGACUCUCUUGCCGAGUUGGACGAUGGAAUGGCCUCAGGCAGUGAGUCACCCAAUCACGUGGCAGCUCCGGGCUGUGGCCCCGCCCCCUCGGCCCAGCUGAGAGAGGCUCCCCCAAUCAGGAGCGAGCCCGAGGCGAGUGGGCGGGCCUCCGGGCGGACGGGCGGUCUCUUCCCCAGCGCGCUGAAGAGGAGGCGGGACUACCUGGACAGGGCAGGAGAGCUCAUCCGAUUGGCCGCUCACAACGAGGCCCAGGGCCACGUGCAGGCCGCACUCACACACUACAGGGGCGGAGUGGACCUGCUGUUACAGGGAGUACAGGGUGAGGUCAGUCCGAGCCGUAGAGAGGCAGUGAAGAGGAAGACGGCAGAGUAUCUGAUGCGUGCUGAGCAACUGACCAAUCAGCACGCUCAUCUCAACGACAUCAUGGGACAGAGUUCAACGCAUAGUGCGGUGUUGGGAUCUCAGUGUUGUCGACCCAGCUGGAGUCAGCAGACUCAGAGUGAUGACCUCAACAACUACAGAGUCCUCGGGGUCAUCGACAAGGUUCUUUUGGUGAUGGACAAGCGCACUCAGGAGACGUUUAUUUUAAAGGGUCUGAGGAAGAGUAGUGAAUGAAGCGUGAGGAAGACCAUCCUGCCCCAUGACGUGCCGCACAUGGUGCGCCUCAGGAAGUUCAUUGUGGCCGAGGACUCCAUCUUCCUCCUCAUUAGGUGGGAAGCUGUGGUCCCACAUCGUGAGCCUGCGCGCUUGUUUCAGUGCAACGAGGCUGUGACAUCCCCUUCAUACAAGUCCCUGGGCGUGCCCUGUGGGCCCCUGGCUGUACAAGCAGCUCGGACAGCGGACUCAGUGGGCCCAGGGGCCCUCGCCGGCCCCUCCACCUUCCAGCCCCAGGGGCCCAGCCUGCUGCUGCGAACCAAGCUGUUGCUUAGCAACGACAGCCUGUCAUCGCCCGCGGGGCAGGACGUGUGUUUGUUCUUCGCGGACGAGGGCGGGGAGCGAGGGGGCGACGUGUUCGCUCAGCCCCUUGAGCCGGUCAGCGCGUCCGUCGGCUCCAAACGCACGCCCAUGGAGUUCUUCCGCAUCGACAGCAAGGACAGCGCCAGCGAGGUCCUCCUCCUCCACGACCCCGGCCACGACCUGUCCACCUCGGACCUGGGCUCCGAGGUCACGGAGUCGCUGCUGGACCUGGCCGAGGUGGUGGAGGUCAAGGGUCACCUUGCGGACCUGUGGCGCUUCGACAGCGAUCGGGCCUCCAACGAGUCGGUGCCGGUCAUCUCCUUCACGGAAGCGGUGGUGGGGGGAACGGGGUCGGCCGGAGGGGCGGGGCCUCCCGACCUGCUGGUCAACCUGCCCGGGGUGGGGGGGGGCGCCGACCCUCUGGAGGAGGAGCUGGUCGCAGCUGGCGUCGCCAUGGCGAUCGAGCCCAAGCCCUCGCCCAAGCGUGGCCAGCCGGAUGUGCUGCUGCUGGACCACGACAUGGGCCAGGAGGCCGACCCUGAUUGGUCGCUGGAGCAGGACGCGCUGUCGUCCUCGGCUUACUCCACCCAGAACUCUACGGGGGGCUCGUGCUGCAGCCCGCCCUCCAGAGCCAAGAUGGCCGCCAGCUCCAACCCUGUGGACUUCCUCCAGCAACCAGGCUCGGCUAGCCUCCCGGGCUCCAGCGAUAAUCCCUUCGCGGACGCCAGCGAAGCGUCGGGGCGGUUUGAUCCCGGCUCUGACCCGGCGCCUCUGUGCCUGUGUGGGGGUGCGGAGAUGGAGGCUCUGAAAGCGGUCCUCGAGGCAGUGCGAAGCGUUGUGUGGACCAGGCGGGCAGUGUCGCAGCUGUUCCGUGAGCUGGACGAGCUGAGCAAGGCGGCCGCUCAGGUGCGCAUACCUGAGGAGUUUGUGCGCGGCUGGGCUGUGGAGAUGGUGAGCGCGCUGGACACACUGCACCAGCAGGGCCUCAUCUGCAGAGACCUGAACCCCAGCAACCUGCUGCUCACCGACACAGGUCACAUCCAGCUGACGUUCUUCUGCAGCUGGAGCGGCGGUGGAGUGUGUAGACUGUCUCUCCUCAACAUGUACUGCAGCCCAGAGGUGGGUGGGAUCGGUGAGGAGACGGUGGCCUGUGAUUGGUGGAGCCUGGGGGCCAUUCUGUUUGAGCUGCUAACAGGAAAGUCGCUGCACCAGUGCCAUCCAGCAGGAAUCAGCAGACACACGUUCCUGAGCAUCCCUGAGUUUGUGUCCGAGGAGGCGCGCUCUCUACUGCAACAGCUUCUCCAGUACAACCCUGCAGAGAGAUUGGGAGCAGGAGGAUCAGGAGCCGAAGACAUCAAAUCACACCCAUUCUUCAGCUGCGUCACCUGGCCCACAUAAUCACACACACACACACACACACACAUCAAAUCACACCCAUUCUUCAGCUGCGUCACCUGGCCCACAUAAUCACACCCACACACACACACACACACACACACACACACACACACACACACACAGAUAUAUACACACACACACACACACACUCACACACACAUAGAUAUACAAACACAGACACACACACACACACUCACUCACACACACACACUCGCACUCACACACACACACACACUCGCACUCACACACACACAAACACACAGUAAGAACAAAGGGAUAAGCUCCAGUUCCUCUUUCUGGACCAAUCAGCAGUGAAAACACUCCUGUUACACACCUGUGUGCUCCCACCCAUCAUCUCCGUGAGUGUGUGUGUGUGUGAGAGAGACACAGAGGGUAAUGAAGAGAAUUUGCCCCCGCAGUAAUGCUCCAAGUGGCGUGCUUGCGUGCGUGCGUGCGUUAGGGAUUUGAUCUCUGGAAAAAUGCCACGCAAUAUGAGGACCUGGUCAACAGUGCUCAACAGCCAAUCAGAUGAGAGUAUGACCAAACCCAGCCGGAGCUGAACCUACAACAGCCAAUGAGAUGACUGAGUACUGACAACUGGACAGAACGGAGUAUGAAACAGCCAAUCACACAAGAGAGUGGGAAUGGACCAGUGGUCCUCCACUCUUGCCCAAUCAGCACACCACAGUGGCACUGACCCCACCCCCACCUGUCCUCCUAUUGGCCAGAACAGACUUAGUAGCCAAUCAGAGGACUCUGCCUAUCUGUCAGUCAAAAGUAUCUGAAGAGCAGAGCCAGACUCAACAGUGACCAAGGACUAGAACACCCCCUGAUCCUUGCAUGCUCAAAUGCUAUUUUAUCAUAAAGUGUGUGUGAGUGAGUGUGUGAGUGUGUGAGUGAGUGUGUGAGUGUGUGAGUGAGUGUUCAAGGGUUACAUGCAACACUGUGCCGAUGCCAAAUGAGGUGGGAAGCACAGCUGACGAUAGAAGAGAGGAGGCCAGUGCAGUAGCCAUCACUGCCCCAGCUGACCUGAACAAGUGUGUGUGUGUUCACUGCCCCAGCUGACCUGAACAAGUGUGUGUGUGUUCACUGCCCCAGCUGACCUGUGUGUGUGUGUGUUCACUGCCCCAGCUGACCUGUGUGUGUGUGUGUUCACUGCCCCAGCUGACCUGUGUGUGUGUGUGUUCACUGCCUCAGCUGAACAAGUGAGUUUGUGAGACAUCAUAUGAUGGCUGGUUGAGUUAUAAUGGCAGACUACAGUCGUGUGUGUUUAUAGAAGAACAUGUGUUUUAAAAGAGAAGUGUGUGUGUAAAGAACAGAUAUUAAAGAGAAGUGUGUGUGUAAAGAACAGAUAUUAAAGAGAAUUAAUGUUUUUAUUUUGUUUUUUAUUUUCAUUUCCUGAAAGUCCUGACUUCAUGACUGCUGGUGUUUUGUAUGAGAGAGUCCAACUUAAUGAUGUACUUAUUAAUGAUAUGUUAAUAAUAUGUCAAUGAUAUGUUAAUGAUGUACUUAUUAAUGAUGUGUUAAUGAUGUACUUAUUUAAAACAUUCAUGCCAUUGCUAUCAUGCAGCACAUGAAGAAAUGUUUGCACCUGUGGAAUAAUAUGAUAUAAUAUAAUAUAAUAUGCAUUCUAAACACAGAUGUGGUCCCAGUGUUGUCCACACACACACACACACACACACACACACACAUACAUACACUCGUGUUGAUGCAUUCCCCCGGUGCUGUCAUGUCUGUCUCUGUACACACACACACACACACUCCACACUGCGGUGGCUGGUUGUGUUGUCCGUCUGCGCACACACACACACACACACACACACACACACACACACACACACACACACAGACCCUGUUGGUCUGGCCCCCGUCUCAAUAAAACAACUCUGUGUUCGCCCCCUUUCA